AUGAAGGCGUUAAGGCGAAGCCACACUGCAACGUCGUCGGGAAACGCAUCUUCUCCGUUACCUUCUUCGACUUCCUUGCCAUCUUCUUCUUCUACUUCACCUCCUUCCUCUAACUCUUCCUCUUCUUCCUCUUCAUCUUCCUCGUCUUCUUCUUCUUCUUCGUCGUCGUGGAUCCAUCUCCGUUCGGUUCUCUUUGUGGCUAAUCUCUCGUCUCCAUCUUCUGUUACUUCUUCUGAUCGAAGCCGGCGGAAAUCACCGUGGUCUCGCCGGAAAAGAAAAUGGCCUUUGACGCCGCAUCAAUGGAGGAGUUUAUUUACACCCGAGGGCAAACUUCGUGACGGUGGAGUUGGAUUUCUCAAGAGAGUUAGAAGCAGAGUGAGUAACUUUGAACAAGCAAACUAUAUACUUCUUUUGAUUCUUUAUGGCUAUGAUUUGAACAGUACUAGUGAAGAAAGAGAAGCUGUGAAUACUCAAAAGAGGAAGGAGUAUGAGAAACUACAGAGGCGGUGCAAGAUCCUUCUCAAGCGCGGCAAUGCAAGUACGGAUGAUCUUGAGGAGGAGGAGGAGGAGGCAGAUGAUCAAUAUGUUAGGUUUAUGGAUGACUACAAGACUCCCGGACCAAUGACAAAACAAGAUGUGGUCUCUGCAGUCAACACUGAUUCUUCCGACACUGACUCUUGUGAAGACAAUGAAGAUGUUCAGCUUCUUCCGUCUCUUGGAUACAGCGAUGAGAAAAAACCAGAGAAGGAAAACAUUAGUAAUUAUAAUUCGGGAGAGAACUGUUCUCCUCCUGUAGCUUCUCCUGAGAUCCAAGUACAAGUGACUGUACACGAAGAUUUCUCUACAUGGCAACGUAUCAUCCGCCUUGAUGCCUUACGUGCUGACUCCGACUGGGCUACAUACUCUUCUUCUUCCACCGCAAUCACAGAAAGCAAAGCUCGCUGUUUAGCUGAGUCCGUUGGUUUAAAAGACUAUGAUAACUUAGAAACCUGCAGGCUUUACCACGCUGCACGUCUCGUUGCCAUUCUUGAAGCCUAUGCUCUCUACGACCCUGAGAUAGGCUACUGCCAAGGAAUGAGCGAUCUCUUAUCACCCAUCCUCGCUGUCAUCUCAGAGGACCACGAGGCUUUCUGGUGCUUUGUUGGUUUCAUGAAGAAAGCUCGGCAUAACUUCAGGCUAGACGAAGCAGGGAUACAAAGACAGCUUGGUAUUGUCUCAAAGAUCAUCAAAUCCAAAGACUCUCAGCUUUACAAACACUUGGAGAAUCUCCAAGCAGAGGAUUGUAGUUUCGUUUACAGGAUGGUUCUGGUGAUGUUUAGGAGGGAGUUGAGUUUUGAGCAGACGCUUUGUCUUUGGGAAGUGAUGUGGGCUGAUCAAGCUGCUAUUAGAGCUGGAGUUGGGAAGUCGCCGUGGAGUAGAAUCAGACAGCAAGCACCUCCUACUGAUGAUCUGUUGCUGUACGCUAUCGCGGCGUUGGUGCUGCGUAGGAAACUGAUCAUACAGAAGUACAGUAGUAUGGAUGAGAUUGUGGAAGAAUGUAAUAGCAUGGCUGGUCAGCUUGAUGUCUGGAAGCUUCUUGAUGAUGCUCAUCACCUUGUUGUGACGCUUCAUGAUAAGAUUGAAACUCUUUCCUCUCAAUCUCUCAGCAUUUGA